GGGAAAAGAAACUGGCAAGUUCAAACCAACUUCACUGCGGAUAUCACAGACGCUUUCACACUUGGAGAAGACGGCACCAAAUUUGCGGCCAUCAUCUUCAACAGUGCGCCAAACAAGUUGUUCGAUCUGAACGAUCACUUGGACAGCCAGAGCCUUCGACAAGUAAGGUCAUUGGUUGACUAAGCACAGCCCCCACACGUCGCACGACCCACUGCUACCAAACAAACACAAGAGUAAAGCUUGUGAAUUAGACGUCACUUAGGCUUGCACCCAGCAGUGUGGUAGCUCACGGGGUCACCUCCUUAGUGACGCUACUAAUUUUUUAAAAUUCAUCUAUAUUUGCCCUGAGAUGGCGUCACGGACUGAUAGUUGUCAUUGCAUGCCAUAGGAGUAAUUGCAUCUUUUUUUCAUAUCCGAAAUCCCUUAAUUGAGAACGUCCUAACGAUUGUUGAAUUAAGUGUCCAUAUUGUAACACUAUUUCUUUUAUAUUGACAGGCUAUUAAUAUACCUUACCCGACUGGAUCCGGUACUUACACCAAC